GCAGCUGAUCUAUGGUACGGUGUGGAGCAGUCGUGUUCGUACCGCGUUUCGUAGUGUGUUUGUACCGGUACGGUUAUACGACGUUUAUGUUCGACUCUCGGUUUCGUCGCAGUGAUUAUCGUGUACCGUACUCCUGACAAGUGACUGUACCAAAUCUGGUAUUCCGACCGAUUCUUUUGCUGACACAUUGCGAAACGGUGAAAGGCAGAAGAGGACGAGCAGGAGAGGACAACGAGACGAAGGACGAGUAAGGAGUAUUAGCCACAACGCGUUUACCAGGAAAGAUCGAGGGAAAUCUCGACACGGAGAAAAGGUGGCAGCUGCUCUGUCCAAGGCGAGGAUCGUGUUUGUACUGGCGCCCACGAAACGUGCAAUGAGCUAAUGGCGUAACCGGGAACACGAGGCCCCGAAACCUUGGCCUCGAGUAGCCCGCUGUGACCACCACACCGAUCCAGACGAUCGCAUCGGCGCUCACUAACGUGCCGCCCAAAACACGUCCAAGUACGCGAGUGACGUGGUCGUCGUUCGAAACGACGACAUGUCGUUCUUGCUUAGUCGAGGCGGCCGAAAGGGGCCCAUCAUCUGCUUCGUCGGCCUUCUUCUGGUCUUCGCUCUUUAUCAGCUAGGCAUCAUCUGCGGCUCCAUGAAGUACGUGCCCACAGCGAUGAUGGUCGCCAAAGAGAAAUACGUGGUGGGCCCGUUCGAUCACAAGAGAUACACGUACGAUCGCUACAUGCCGCUAAUUUUUAUCGGUGGUGUGCCACGAUCUGGCACUACCUUGGUACGCGCCAUGCUCGAUGCACAUCCCGAUGUCAGGUGCGGACAGGAGACACGGGUGAUACCAAGAAUCUUGCAGAUGAGGAUGCACUGGCUGAAAUCUGAAAGGGAAAAUCUGCGUCUUUCGGAAGCGGGCAUUUCGAAAGAAGUAAUGGACAGUGCUAUAGCAGCAUUCUGCCUGGAAAUAAUAGCGCGACACGCGGAGCCGGCACCGCGGUUAUGCAACAAGGAUCCCCUCACUCUGAAGAUGGGCUCGUACAUUCUCGAUCUCUUCCCAAAUGCCAAGUUUAUCUUCAUGAUCCGCGACGGUCGUGCCACCGUGCAUUCCAUUAUCUCGAGAAAGGUGACUAUAACAGGAUUCGAUCUGUCCUCGUAUCGACAGUCGUUGAUCAAAUGGAACCACGCGAUAUCUAUAAUGUACGGCCAAUGUAAGGAAAUUGGCUCGGACAAGUGUUUGAUGGUUCCGUACGAACAACUGGUGCUACAUCCGCGUGAAUGGAUGAAGAAGAUUCUCAAAUUUUUGGACGUUCCUUGGAACGAGUCUGUGAUGCAUCACGAGGAAUUCAUUAACAAACCAGGCGGCGUGCCAUUGAGCAAGGUAGAAAGGUCGUCGGACCAGAUCAUAAAGCCGGUCAAUCUGGAGGCACUGACCAAGUGGGUAGGCCACAUUCCGGAUGAUGUGGUCAGAGAGAUGCCUGACAUCGCACCGAUGCUUUCUGUGCUCGGCUAUGAUCCUUAUGCUAAUCCGCCGGUGUACGGAGCACCGGACAGGCUGGUUAGCGAAAACACCAGACGGGUGCUAGCAAACGGUGAAGUAUGGGCAGCCAGGGCACGCCAAUUCUCUUUAGAGAAGCUGAUCGAGCUGAGCAAAGAGGAUGAGGCUACCAACGCCCCAAACGCGUGACCUCGGACACAUCUUUCCCUAGGCACGCGAACCUCGAAUCCGUACAAUUUCUGUAACGUCUAACGACGGUCUUGGGAGAGCCAGUAACGAAUAAUACUACCGGAAAAACGCCAGACGAGUGCGGUCUUUUUCAUGCGAAGUUGUUUCUCUAGAUCAGAGGCACGCUCGGCCGUCUUGUCAAGAGAAUAUAUUCGAGGACAGUGAAUUGUAACCUGGCAAACGAGAGGGACGCAAGGAUUCGUCUAGUUUAAGGUUGACUCUCGAUUAUAUGUACAUGUUCAAUCUCGGCCCAUAGACACGGAGUUAUAGAUUGCUGUGCAAUUUUUCGCAUACGCGAACGUGAUUAUUCUCUCUGUACGAUAUAUGUUAACCGGUAGAUAUUCAUCUUCGAUUCGUACCGAACGCGUAACGAUCUCGUCACUUUCCGUGAUUCGGUACUAUUCUUUUUCGACGAAUUAGAUGAAUUUUCUGCGAUACACGAUUCCACAGUGCAGAAUGCAAGCGUACCGAAUCAAGCAAAGUGUAAACGGGAGAAGAAAAUGCCAUGCUAGAGUUGCUAAUUGUUUCGGUCUUGUUUGUUCUUUUUUAUUAUCAUGAAUGAUAUAAAUCUCGCCCAGUAUGUGCUAUGUUGAAACUGUUUCUGUACGAUUUCGUCUGAUGGCCAGUGACAAGAACCUAUGUAGGCUAUGGAGCUUCUAUGUAAAAAGUGUACAAGGUGAACGUGCUGAAUGUCGUGGAAAGGAAGCGAAAGUAUUGUAUCGAUGCGAACAGGAAAAUCUCUGUAUAAUAUUUUCUAUUAUGAUAGAAAUGAUUUCUAUGACUUUCUACGUGAAAACAAAAUACGCGUUUUCGUAUGUAGAACUUAUUUCUUAUUGAGACAUGACUUUGAUCGAUCACGAUGAAGGAAACUUUUGUGUUCCUUUUCUUCUCUGCUUUUUGUUAGCCUUUUCUCUGCAUUCAUACAUUAACGAAAAUCCGUGCUGAUAAACUGGCGAGAACUUUAUCUUUCUAUCGUAUUCAUUGUAUUAUGUAUAUUAGCAUGAUCGUGAUUCGACUAAUUACAAGAAAAUUAUAUUUAUAUGCUAACGAAAUAUGAAAAAGUGUACCGGAUUAACAAUUGAAAACAAAAAGGGUGUCGAACGAGCUAUUCCCUGAAUUUAUGAUUUCGUUAUUGACUGUCAAUAAUGAUGCGCAGCGAAUGUUGCUGCAAGAGCUACUACGAUUGUAAGAGGACCGAAUAAUGUUCUUAAUUGUUGUAUCAAUCGGCACUUGAUACAAAUGCAACAACUUCGAUGUGGCAUUAUGUCAUUCGUGUCAACCGUGUUACUGUCUAUCGAAUUAUACGAUUAAAUUAUUUUAAUAUUACAAAA